AUGGCUCUUAAACGCAAGCAAAACUCACAGCAGUUGUCAUCGGCGAAGAAGAAAGCCAAGCACGCAAAGAUGGCCCAACAAGUCAAGGAAGCAUCUCCGUUUAAGACCCUUCCCAUUACGCUGCUCUCCGGCUUCUUGGGAAGCGGCAAGACAACAUUGCUUAGCUACAUCCUCAAUUCGAAAGACCAUGGACUGAAGAUCGCUAUGAUCGUCAACGAUAUGGCUGCUGUGAAUGUUGACCAAGGCAUCAUCGUAGCAGACGGCAAGAAGAAAGGUCGUGAAGCAGAGAAGAUGAUCGCCAUGCAAAACGGCUGCAUCUGUUGCACGCUUCGUGGCGACUUUGUCAUCGAACUGGCCAAGAUGGCUAAAGCUGGCGAAUAUGACUAUGUCUUGAUUGAGAGUACUGGUAUCAGCGAGCCGCAGCAGGUAGCUGAGAGUUUCACCACCGAUUUCACCGAGGCAAUGAUGGGUGCCGAUGGAGCACUUGAUCAGUUCGACGAGGAAGAGAAGAAGGUCUUUAACGAGAUCGCUCAAAAUGGUGGUUUGAACAAGGUCGCCAAACUCGACACCACAGUCACAGUUGUGGAUGGCUUCAGAUUCUUUGAGGAGUUCGAGACCAUCCAGCUUCUUCACGAACGCUUCCAGUCCGAGGUCGAAACUCCUGAAGAUCAAAGAACCGUCAGCGACUUGAUGAUUGAUCAAAUCGAGUUCGCCGAUGUGAUCAUUGUGAACAAGAUUGACAUGAUCAACGACGAUGUGCUUGCUCGCAUUCGAGGCCUCCUCAAGACCAUGAACCCGGGAGCUAAAAUCAUCGAGACUAGCCUCCGAGCUUCGAAGCAAUCUGAGAAUCCCUACGGCGUCAAGCCUCUAGACGUCAGAGAAAUCAUCGCAACAGGCAUGUAUAGCGAAGAGACCUCUAUCAAAAGCUCAGGUUGGCUCAAGAGUAUCAACGAAAUGUCUAUGAUUGAUAAUCAUGGUCGCACCGUUAUGGCACCCAAGCCAGAAACACUCGAAUAUGGCAUAAACAGCUUUGUCUACCGAGCAAGGAGACCAUUCUCACCCGGUCGACUGUACGAGCUCGUGCAUGAUAAGUUUGUCAUCUUGGAACCUCAAGACGAAGACGAGGAGGAGGAAGAGGAAGAAGAAAGCGAAGAUGAAGCAGCCGGCACCCAAGACGAAGAAGACGCAGAGCAAGACGACGCAGCCAGUGACUCCGAAAGCGAUGAGAAGGAAAUCGAACAAUCUUUGGAAAGCAAGGCGUCGCGACCAGACUCAGAAGCACACUCCUCAGACUCUUCGAGCGACAAGACAGCCUCUGAGACCGACGCCACUUCCGUGGCUUCAGACGAUCAGGACGCGCUCGACACCAAGUACCCAGACCUUGAUCUACCAACUCGUCUGGCCAACAAAAAGGCCCACCCUGUGUUCAAGCCUCUCCUCCGCUCGAAAGGUUUCAUCUGGCUAGCCACGCGACCCUACGUCAGCGGUGACUGGUCUCAAGCUGGCGCUAUGCUCACUGUGUCCGGUGGCCUGAAUUGGUUCGCUGUUGUCCCAGAGGAGCAAUGGCCCUCUCCCAGCCAAGAAGUUACAGACUUGAUCAAGAAAGACUUCGAAGGAGAGUGGGGCGAUCGCCGCCAGGAGAUUGUGUUCAUCGGUGAGGGCAUCGACGUCAAGGCCAUCACAGAACUAUUUGAUGGCUGUCUCUUGGAUGACGCAGAAAUGAAGAAGUGGGAGAAGACCAUGAGAAGAAAGGGCCUUACGAAUGAGCAAAGAGAAACACUUCUUUGCAGGCACUUUGAUGAUGGAUGGGGGGAGUGGCGCAACCCUCUUGAGGAGGAAGACGCCGAAGGUCACGAUCAUGCAGGCCAUCACCAUCAUUGA